UAGAUUGCGUCACAAACCAAAAAGGUUAUUCAUUUCUCGAUGUACAAAUAUUAUUAAAGUCGAAUGUAAAUUUACAAGAAAUUUGGGGGAAACGAAUAAACGGCGACGGAAGGGCUGCCACUAGACCGAGAAGAAGCAAAGACAGACGAGCUCUGUUUUUGCAAGAGAGAGUUUUUUAUAAUAAAAACUGGAAAAGGGCAACAAAACGACUCUUUGGCCGGUGAAACUGUCAAAAAGACAUUAAGACUUGGUCUCUCUCCCACUGCACCGCCGAUCCUUCUCUACUUGUCAAACUAUAAAAGAAAAAGAGUAUUUUUUUUUGUGGAGACCACCACCACCACCUUCGAUCGAUUUCUACUAACUUGUUCUUCUUCUUCUUUCUCAACUCUCUUGUCUUUUGUCUCUCCACCAAUUUUUUCUUGUUCUUUCUCUCUCCACCACAUAAAAAAAAAAAACCUAGCUUUGUCCCCUCAACUCACUGAUUGAACUGCUUGAUUUUCGAUUGAUCAUCUGGGUGGUUUUGAAUCGAAGAGUAUUGUUGUAUUAGUGGCUGGUGGCUCUCCAAAAGAGUAAGGCCGGAGAGAGAAAUCAAUGGCCUCUGGCGGCGGAGAGGCGGAUAAAUCACUUGAAAUCGGGUCCGGGACCGCGGAUCCCAAAAUAGGCGGUACUGGGAGCAGGAGCGCCGGAGAAGAACGAUACUUCAGGGCAGAUACACUGGAUUUCAGUAAAUGGGAUUUGCAUAUGGGUCAAACCUCUACUAGCAGCGUCCUCACCAAUUCCGCUUCCACGAGCGCUCCCGCACCGGCGAUGCAGGAAUGGGAGAUUGACCUCUCCAAACUCGAUAUGAAGCACGUCCUCGCUCACGGUACUUACGGCACUGUCUACCGCGGUGUCUACGCCGGCCAAGAAGUCGCAGUGAAAGUGUUAGAUUGGGGAGAAGAUGGUUACGCCACACCAGCUGAAACUACAGCUCUCCGUGCUUCCUUCGAGCAAGAGGUCGCCGUCUGGCAGAAGCUCGAUCAUCCCAACGUUACCAAGUUUAUAGGAGCAUCCAUGGGAACCUCUGAUCUGCGGAUCCCUCCUGCUGGUGAUACUGGCGGACGUGGUAACGGUGCACAUCCUGCGAGGGCCUGUUGUGUUGUGGUUGAAUAUGUUGCCGGAGGCACGCUUAAGAAGUUCCUCAUCAAGAAAUAUAGGGCCAAACUACCCAUCAAGGAUGUCAUUCAGCUCGCUUUGGAUCUCGCUAGAGGGCUUAGUUACCUCCACUCCAAGGCGAUUGUACAUAGGGACGUGAAGUCAGAGAACAUGCUGUUACAGCCUAACAAGACGCUGAAGAUCGCUGAUUUCGGGGUAGCUAGAGUUGAAGCUCAGAACCCUCAAGACAUGACGGGUGAAACUGGAACACUUGGAUACAUGGCACCAGAGGUUCUUGAAGGAAAGCCUUACAACAGGAAAUGCGAUGUCUAUAGCUUUGGGGUAUGCCUCUGGGAAAUAUACUGCUGUGACAUGCCCUAUGCUGACUGUAGUUUUGCUGAGAUCUCUCACGCCGUUGUUCAUAGGGUUCCUCUCUCUCUCUCUGUCUAUACAUACAAUCUCUCCUAUGUUAAAGCUAAUCAGGAAAUCUAAUGAAGUCACUGUUUGGUGCAUCUUGCUCAGAAUCUGAGACCAGAGAUUCCGAAAUGCUGCCCGCAUGCGGUGGCAAACAUCAUGAAGAGAUGCUGGGACCCGAAUCCAGACAGGCGUCCGGAGAUGGAGGAGGUGGUGAAGCUGCUUGAAGCCAUAGACACAAGCAAAGGUGGUGGAAUGAUAGCUCCGGACCAGUUUCAGGGGUGCCUCUGUUUCUUCAAACCUCGAGGCCCCUGAAUCUCUCUCCCUCUCUUUCCUUUUUGCUCCGUGUCUGAUAUAUUCUUGAGAGCUGCGUGAUUCUUUGGAUUUUGUAUUUACUUUGAGCUAUGGGAGUUGGAUUGGUGUGGGUUUUGUCAUAAGAAUCUUUCUGCGCUCUAUGUAUUUAUAUACUUAACACAGUCGUGUAUAAUUCGAUUAAGCUUUAUUUUAUUUUUUGAUGUUGAUUCGAA